GGCGAUCCCAAUAACAGCUUCUAUCCAAACAUGUGGUACGGCAUGAAGACCGUCACCUCAAACGUUUCCUGGGAAAUAUUUGAGUGUUUUAGACAGACAAACGCGGAUUUUUGGAUUUUAGGCGUGAAGCUUAGGGAUAUUUCCCCGAGAUGGAUCCGUAGUCGAGAUUCUGUGGGCGAGAAUAGAGUACAGAUAUUGAGCAUACAGAACUUCUGAGUUAGAUGGCGAGCGAUUUGCAUCUUAUUAUUCUAGCACGUACUAGACGGAAGCUGGUUACCAAAUCUAGGGGGUACCUUGGGAUGGCUCGGGAAGAAGCAUUAAAGGACGAUGUCAUUGCUGUUUCAUGUGGGGGCAACUUUCCUGUUGUUCUAUGCACGUGCGGGGAUAGGUACUAUGUUUCAGGAGGGUGUUAUGUUUGACGGAGUUAUGGAUGGCGAGCUCAUGGGGGCAAAGGAUCGGGGAGAGUAUCAAGAGUG